UGGGGACGAUUUCUAGCGGCGGCCCUUCUGCGCAGGCGCGAAUAAUGCCGUCCUCUUCCAUCGCAUAGACCAGCGACAAAAUGAAGCUCGAGCUGUGCAAUUACAGUGGGUAUAAAAUCUACCCAGGCCACGGCAAGCGCUAUGUGCGACAAGACGGCAAGGUGUUCAACUUCUUAAACAAGAGAUGUGAGCGUGCCCUUCUCAUGAGACGUAACCCCCGUGAGGUGACCUGGACUGUUCUGUAUCGCCGCAAGCACAAGAAAGGCACUCAGGAAGAAGUGUCCAAGAAGCGCACCCGCCGUAAUAUCAAGUUCCAGAGGUCUGUACAGGGUGCGUCUCUUGACAACAUCCUCGCCAAGAGAAACCAGAAGCCUGAGGUCCGCAAGGCGCAGAGAGAGCAAGCUAUCAGGGCAGCGAAAGAAAAGCAGAGAGCAAAGGCAUCUACUAAAAAGCCAACCACUGCCCAGCCCGCUGCCCAACGACAGAAGGCUCAGAAGAAUGUCAAGCAGAUGGCUGCCAAGCCGCGUGUGGGAGGCAAGCGAUAAGCUUGGCACUGCUCUGUAAAUUACCCUAAUAAAACUCUGCUCAAAA